CUUGGGCCCGUCCACUUGCCACCUGCUUUGGCUGGUAUACAUGAGGCAAUUGGGCAGCUUCAACCUUUAUUUUACGGCAUGACGCUCGUGCUUCAAAAGGCGUCGAUUUCUUAACGCUUUCUCUCCACCUCCCCACCUCCCCACUACUCACUCUCUUCCUCAGUCUUCAUACUCGAUGCCUGCUUCACGAGCCCGUUGCAGCAAAUGCUCAUUCAGCACAGGCCGGAGCGAGGACAUGAAGCGGCAUCGGGACACACAUUUGAGUCCGGAAGCAAAGGCAGCGAAAUCCUUUCACUGUACCUACCCUGAAUGCGAUUACAAGGCAUUGCAGAAGUCGAACCUCGAGACUCACAAGAAAAAGCACACGGGGACAAGAGACCAGUGUUGUCCUGAUUGCACUUUCCGAGCCUCCGACCCGGGUUCUCUGGUGCGCCACCGGAAGAAUCGUCAUCAAUAUAAGCCCCGUCAGCGCAAGCGUCAGAAAAUUUCCAGCUCCCGUUCAGCGUCUAAGAGGUCGAGUUCUUCCAGGCCGAUCAACGUUGGUACUCCUUUGAGCACCGCCACCCCACCAUCACUUGCCCGGGCGACCCCUAUCCAGGACUUUCAAGACUCGAUGGCUCACCUCGACUCCACUGCAUCUACCAGCAGCGGUUUCACGCUUCCUAGCUUCCAAGAAGCUUUCGGAGCCGAUGCCCACUACGGCCUUGAGCCUGGUUCGCGUUUCGAAUAUGGCAAUCGCUAUCCUUCUUCUGGUGUGCGAUACCAGCCAUACUAUCAUCACCGCUCGGAUACCUUGCACCGCGACGGCUACCGGUACUCUCUUUCGUAUGCCACGACUGCCACGACUGCCACGACUGGCUACCACUCGGAUGUUGAUUAUGACUAUUCGUCUUCUUCAUCUGACUCUCCUCUCCAGGCUCGUCACGGUGUCAGUGGCUCUCCGUUCGAUGGAAACCGUGGUGGUUAUUACCCUGUCCAUGAUGGAAGCGGAGUUCAUGCCAGUGGGUACGAUGUCGGAGGUUAUUCUACGUCGUACACGUAUCCAACUCAGCUCCCCCCCUUUUGA